UUCGGGCAUCGCCUUCCCCACGAAGGAAAAGAGAGAAGAACCAGUCCCGUCUCUUUCGUUCUGGGAGGUCGACGAGGAAGAGGAGUCGAGCACCCGACCGGCGACCAGCCCGCGGCGACGCGGCGCCAGGAGAGGUGCUCCCGACUCCUGAGCUCCGGAUCCCCAUCCCGCCGUCAAGCAGUUGCGCCCGCCGCGGCCGUAGCAUGAGGUGGCCGCCGCCGAUCUCGCAUCGCCGCCGCCCCUUCCUCCUCCUCGUCCUCCUCGUCGCCCUCUACUCGAUUCCUGGGGCUUUUUCAUUGAGGCAUGUCACGCUCAAUACGGUUGAGAUAUUUACUACUCAUGAAUGGUUUGGCAAGCCAACAGUGUAUUUCCGUUGCAAUGGAGAGAACAAGACAAAUUUGCCAGACGUCAAGGAGGCACACGUGCUCUAUGCCUUUAAGGGUGAAGAAUCAUGGCAGCCAUUAGCAGAGCUUCCAGAAAAGAAAUGCAAGCGGUGUGGUCUGUAUGAAGAGGACGCAUUUAAACCUGCCGAUGUAUUUGAUGAAUGGGAGAUGUGUUCUAGUGAUUUCAAGGAUGGAAAAUAUACCCGCUUUAAGGAAAACCAGUUCAAUGCAACAUUCCUAUGCCCAAACUGUACUGCUUCUGCUGGUGAUCAUGGAAACGGUGAGCAUAGCUCGGAGGUGGAAACUAAUAAGGCAUCUGUUCCAGUUAUCAUUGUAGUUAGUGUUCUUGCUUCAGUACUUGUCAUCAUUGCCUUGUUUGGGGGCUAUAAGUACUGGCAGAAGAAGAAGAGAGAGCGAGACCAGGCACGAUUCCUCAAGCUCUUUGAAGAGGGAGAUGACCUUGAAGACGAACUGGGGCUUAGCAAUGAAUUCUAAAUCAGUGAGUACAGUACUUACUAGGUACAGGCUACAGUCAAUAUUUUCAGAUGUAGUUUCCACGUUGUCAUGUAUAGAAUGCGUAAUUUUCACUUUGAAAUUUUGUAGUGUGUAGCAUUACCGUAGUGUAAAGAAACGAUUCUGACAAAACUAUGAUUCAGUUCAAUCGGUGUUUCUCCUGACCUCGUAGCUUUUGGGACUGAAAAUCUUGUAACAGUUUGCAGCAAACCAUUUCAAAUUACAGUUCGUUCUAGGUA